AUGGGAGAAAAUACAGACGACAAUAAAAUUGAAAACCGGGAUCAAGAUGAAAAUUUUGAGUUCAAAUACAAUUUUUUUAAUUUACCAUGGGAUGAUCGCUCGAAUAAAAGUAAAUCUGGAAUUGUCAUUCUGCUGAUUGCUAUAUUUGUAGCAACAAUGGCCCUGGUUGUAAAUAGUUUCAUAAUGCAUUAUCGAGGUUUCGAGCAAAUUAAGAAAUACUCAAAUCUUAGUGAACUAUCAUGCUUUCGAGUGAAAAUGGAUGACUACCGUUUCGUAGCAAGAAUUCAUUCCGUGAGCACGCAGCAGUUGUUAUGUCUCGGUGCAGUUGUGAGCAAGAGUUCAGUUCUAGCAAAUGGAGUAUGUGUUAAGUCUGGACCUAUACGAAUAUAUUUAGGCAGCAUGUCAAAUCCUCGUUGCAAGAAAGGCUUUUCCAUCGACCUCUUUGAAUCAAUGUAUCAUGUUGGAGUGUUUUCGAAAAAGCUAGUGCUCCUAUCUAGUUAUGAAAGCAUACAGGGGUGCUCAGAAACGAUAAAGAUCGGUAACAAUUUAGAUUGGACCCAAAAAGUUCACAUUAUCGGACGACCACACUCUGUUGGUAGAACUUUCUCGCGACAGCAUGCGUCUUUGGCUCGCAAAGAAUACGUAGAUACAAAUUCCAAUCAGCAUUUGAAGUCAAAUUAUACUAUAUGCGUGAGGGACCUGGCGGCAUGUCCAAUUCGUGCAGGUGAUUUGAUGCUGCAGAACGGGAAACUGUUUGGUUUGGCUUCUACUAGCGUCCAGCGAUUCGGAGAGGCUUGUUUUGGUGAUUUAAGUGUCGUCAGCCGAGAGUUAAAGGAGAUGGAUGCAGAUAUAGUAAUAGAAUAG